AUGGGCAAUUUGCGCAUCACCGAGUGGCAGCGCCUGCCAAUAAGUCUCACUGAGCUCUGUAUCAACACCACUUUGCGCUGCGGUCAAUCCUUCAGAUGGCGGAAGUCGGCCGAGGACGAAUGGUCCUGCGCUCUCCAUGGCCGAAUCCUGUCGUUACGGCAAGACCCUGAGCACCUACACUAUCGCGCUAUAUUCCCUGAGCCAUCCAAAGCCCUUUUGACCCCUCCGCAUUCCACUGUGCCCUCCACAGCCGAGUCUCCGGUCCCCAAAGAAGACGACACCCUUGAACUUAUUCAACACUACUUCAAUUUGAAGCCGAAUCUAGGCCAGUUAUACGAGGAGUGGGCGGCAGCGGAUGCCAAUUUCAGAAAAAAGGCUCCAAAGUUCACCGGAGUCCGUAUCUUGAAGCAAGACGCGUGGGAAGCGCUGGUUGGAUUCAUUUGCAGCAGCAACAAUAAUAUCGCCAGGAUCUCGCAGAUGGUGGAGAAGCUGUGCACAAACUACGGCCCACUCAUCGGACACGUAGGCUCGCAAGCCUUCCACGAUUUCCCUCCAGCAUCUGCGUUGACGGACCCGAAAGUCGAACAACAACUCAGACAGCUAGGAUUCGGAUACCGGGCCAAGUACUUGUAUCAGACAGCGGCCAUGAUAGCGGAAAAGGAGGACAGUUGGCUGGACAACCUCCGAAACCCCGAGAGUCCAGUAUUAGGCGCCGAGACCAGAGCGGCCGGAGAAUUUGUGGAGAGCGGCCGCGAGGGCUACAGGUCUGCUCACGAGCAGCUGCUUGCUCUUCAGGGUGUGGGACCGAAGGUGGCCGAUUGCGUUUGUCUUAUGGGCCUCGGGUGGGGAGAGGCCGUGCCGGUCGAUACUCACGUGUGGCAGAUCGCACAGCGUGACUACCGGUUCGGGAAAGGGAAGCACAGCAGUCUGACCAAGGCCACCUAUGACGCAGUUGCAAAUAAAUUCCGCAGCCUCUGGGGUAAAGAAGCGGGUUGGGCCCACUCGGUGCUGUUCACGGCUGAUCUGAAAGCUUUCUCGGAACGCCUUGUGGCAAAGGUUGAGACGAAGGACGAGAAGACGGUGAUCAAACCUGACCCAGAAGGAUCGACCGUCGAGGAAACGACGGUAGAGAAGAAGGCGGUCAAGAAAAGGGUGAAGAGAGAGCCUGAAGAGGAGCACUCGGUUCUCGAGGUGAAAGAGAAGGAAACCAAGAGAGUCAGAAGAACGACAAGAAGCUCACGGGAGUACUGA